UCCCAACUUUUCUGGAAUCGGGUUUGUAAUAAAAUAUAAUAUAUGUCUAUAUCUCUAACAUAAUAUAUACUUAAAAAUAUCUUAACAACACUAAAAGUCUUCUAAACACAGAUCUGAAUUGUUUGAUACGUGUCAUCACAUGUUUUAUAUAGAUUCCAUAUUUUGACCAAAUAUGCUUCUUUGGCGGCUGUGCAUAAAAUUGUAAUAUUUCAUAGUAGUGCCAUUUUCAUUAAAUAACACAUUCAAAAGUGUGCAAAUAUCAGACUGGUUUAGCAAAAAUACAUAGGUCUAUACAUCAAAACCGGCUGUGUGCUAUUAUAUCAGUGCCUAACAAUCAAAACUUUAAAGUGAGGAGGAACAAUGGCAAAAAUCAUUCUGUUGCUCAAACGGUAGAGCAUAGCACUAGAAACCCUAAAAUAAUGAGUUUGAUUGAUUCCCAGAGAAAAUAUGAACUGAUCAAUGUUCUUUCAGCAAUUUAAUUAAUUGCUUUGAAUAAAAUAUGCUGCCAAAUACAUAUAAUUAAAUUGAAUAACACAAAAACUAGAAGUCUGCUCUAAAUCUAAGUUUAUUUGAUUGUACAAAAAUAAAGGUAUGGAUUGGAGGGACUGGUCUCGCUAUAUUUUUAUUAGGCUGUUUUUGUUUUUGUUGUUAUCAUCAUUAUUAUUCCAGGGUGUGUUGUACUACAAGUUGUAUUAUGUCCCAGAACUGAAAUUACUAUAUAGCCUACUUUCUUUCUGCAAAUACUGUAAAUGUAGGCCGGCCUAUGCAUACAUUUCUGUGAAGUACUAAUGUUUGUGUCUGGUACGAUAUUUCAUUCAUAUUUAUUUCAGAGCCUUACAUAGUGAGGAGUACUACAAAUAUUAUUAUUAAACAAGUUGUUUUACAGUCUGCGUGGGGGAAAAAAUCUUAUUUUGUAAAAACCCCUUCCUCUUGAUGUCAUCAGAUCAUUUCUAAAACGUUUCACUCAAGUAACUUUUUGGAUGGUUAAUAUGAACAAGUUACAAUUUCUCUGUAGUACUUAGACCCCCGCCCUCAUCUCACAGGCACAGAACUGCUUUCACUUCCACUCACUUCACCCGUAGACGCAUCUGAGAGCAGUUGAUCGCUGUGACAAGAUCUCACUAUAGUAGGCCUGUCCAACUCAUUCAGAUAUUUAAGAUGAGAGGAUACUUACUUGGAAUACUUGUACUUUUGAAACAUUGCAUUUGUGGUGAUGUGGUGAACUUUGAUGGAGACAUCAAGGACUUUGCAGUUGGUAAAAGUAAGUUGUUCGUUCUUACUGACCAUCGACUACAUCAGAUGAGACUCGAUCUUUCUGAGGAGAAGAAGAAGGACAUCACUAACACUGAUCAAAACACAGUCAACAUUCUGGUGCCUUUUGAUGACAACGACACCCUGAUAACCUGUGGGACCUUUAGAGAUGGAUACUGUGAAGUUCUUGACCUCAGUGACAUUACAAAGAGCAUUUACUAUGAAAGUGGAAUAUCAGUAGGACCGAGACAGAAUAAGAAAUCUGUUGCGUUCAUUGCAGGUCCGAGUACCAGCAGGUACCUUUUGGUUGGGAAAAAGGACGAUGAUGGAAAAUCUCCGUAUCCUGUUGUUAACUUGUGGAACACUUUACAGUCUCAGUUUCGGGGAAUUUUCAACAACAUAGAAGAAGGAAUGCAUCCCUCCAUUCAGAGCACCGCGAGCGAUGUGGAGUUUGUUGACGGAUUCCAGAGAGUUUCGCCCUCAGAGUCGUACUUGUUUCUCAACGCAAAGAUUGACUCGGAGAGUAAAGUGCACGUCCUGUGGAUGAAUAGCUCUAAAAAUAAAAAGACAGAAAUCUUCAAAUCCCUACAGGCUGCAACGAUCCAGUGCUGCAAUGAUAAAGCUCGUCCAGAGCUCGUCGCCUCCACCGUUAUUCCCUCAGUGAACGGCGUUAUUUGGGCAGGUGUGUUCAGUGUGCAAAAUCAGACGGAUCCGGAGAACACCGCGCUGGCUCUGUACGACAUCAGUACAGUUCGAGGAAGAGUGAAGGGUUUCUGCACUGUUGGUGAAAAGAUUUGUGGUUUUGAGAAUGGUAGAGCACUUCAGCCGCUCUCUGUGGUGUUCAAGUACAGCUCAAUGUCAUCAGUGGCAGCAGUUAGAAAAGGAUCCUGGAUUGUGAUGUUCAUAGGAACCAGUGAUGGACAACUGAUAAAGCUUAUGUUGGAUGAGAAAUUCGCAUCAGCCUGUCCAAUAGUGCUGUACAAAUCUGAUGAUGAACGAGCAGUGUUUCCCAGAAUGCACUUUGAUCCAGUAGAUUUCAAACAUAUUUACAUCGCUCUGAGGAAACAGCUCAGAAGAGUGUCUGUGGUUCAGUGUACUAAGUUCAGCUCUCUGAAAGACUGCAGAGCUGCUCUGGAUCCUCUCUGCGGCUGGUGUGUGAAAACACAGAGAUGCUCCACCCAAGAUGAAUGUUCACAAUCUUCAUGGAUGUCCACCCCAAAAGACUCUCUUCAGAAACCUCUGGUUUCUUUUCAGGCUUGGGCUGACAAAUCUUCCAGAAAGAUUACUCUACAUCUCGCCUUGAGUCUGGAGAGCACAGGAAAUCCCGUCUUCUCAUGUUCCUUCACCACAGGAAGUGUGAAUCUGUGUGACGGGUCUGAUCUGACUGCAGUUUUCCCAAACUGCUCCUGUAGUUUUUCUGACCAGCAACUAUAUACUGGAGAUUUAAAUGUAUCAGCUAUAGUUGAUGUUGAGGAUCAGAGGAUCACAGAGACACUGACGCUGAGGAACUGCUUGAGUGUCACAGAUAAUUCACCAAGUCCUUUAUAUACACAGUGUGUGCAGUGUAUCUCAUCUGGGUGUCAGUGGUCCUCUUCCUCACAGCGUUGUGAUUGGAUAUAUGGACCUGGACCGCAGUUACUCAUAGAGGAUGAAUGUAAAGAUCUACUCUCUGAGAUUGACUACAAAGAGCCAGAGAUUUUCUCUCUGGAGCCCAACAAAGUUUCCUUCCAUGGCAGAAACAACGUUUUACUAAGAGGAAAGAACCUGGAAUCUGUCACUAAAAUCCGUAUUCAAGGGGAUCUGGACUGUAUUCCUAAAGAAUAUCCAGUAUUUGAUCGCUCCAGUGACACUUUAAGGUUCCACAUUCCUCCCAGCGGAACUAAAGGAACAGUGAAAGUGUGUGUUGUUACUUUUGACAACCGUUGUCAUGGUAACAGCAUCAUCACCUACAGUUCCCAGCCCAGCUGCACAGGAAUACAGCCCACAGUCAGCUGGUGGAGAAGCGGAAGGAAGAUUCAUGUUCAAGGGAGCAAUAUGGAAUUUGUGGAAUCAGUUAUUUUCGAUAAUUAUGAUCGACGACUCCAAACACAAUACAACCCAACUUCAGGGGAUGUGUGGUUUCACUCACCUUAUGAAUAUGUCAGUAGUUUCAAGUUGAAUGUUGGAAACUCCACUGUGGACUGUGAGCGUUUGUCCUACGACCAUGGUCCAGAAUUCAUUGCAUUCUCCACCGUACAGGUGGCCAAUGAUCUACAGGUGAACAUUAAGAAAAUGGCAGAUGCACUGAAUUUAAGUAUGAGUGAGGUGAAUGUGACGGGUUAUCAGGGAGAGCAGCAGUAUCAGUGUGUUUUGGAGAGGAUUGAGACCAAAGCCAUUAUCUGUAAGAUUAAAGAAGAAUCAGGAGCCGUCACAGCAGUGGACAUGCUCAAUAUCAGCAUUGGAGAUUAUUAUAGAAUCAUGACAAGAAAACGUCCAGAGUAUUUGGUGUUUUUUUCUAUAGUAUUUUCUUUAAUAUGCUUAUUCUUUAUUCUUAUCUUCUGCAUAUUGUUAUCAAUUUUUCGGGUGUAACCCAACAUCCAAACUGUUUUUCCUAUUCAAUGGCCACUGCAAUUCAAAUACAGAAACAUACAGCCUUUAUAAGUAAAAUUAUGCGGUAAAGUCCUGUUUAUAAGUCAGAGACCACAGUAAUGUUAUCCUUAUCUCAUUUCUCUCCCUUCUGAUCUGGGCUGUGUUUCCCAAAAGCAUCAUAAGCCUAAGUUGAUCGUAGUACAAUUGCCACCAAUGGUGUUUAUGAUCAACUUCGGCUUAUGAUGCUUUUGGGAAACUCAGCCCUGAUCAGAUCCAUACUGUGGAACUGUUCUCCAGACAGCAGGUGGCGCUUUAUAGUCACUUAUUAUAAUACACCAUAAAAACAGUCAUUUCAAAGUUCAAGGACAAGUCUGCUAUUUAGUACUGUAGUACAAUUAUUUAGUAGUAGAAAGAAUGCUUUGAGUGUAUCUUUUUCAUUGUAUACCAACACAAUUCCAUUGUUCUCUUAUUAUUAAUCUUAUAUUUUAAUAUUAAAUGUAAUCAGUAUACUGCAAAACAGUACAAUUACAAAUAAACACUUUAAAAUACUAA